AUGUGGCGGCUCAUCGACAACGAGAUGAGCCUCCGAGAAUGCGCUGCCUACUGCUACUCGCCUGAAGAAGAUCCGUUCGACGGUGAGGAGAACGCAAUCUGGAGCCUCCAUUACUUUCUCUUCAACAAGGAACGCAAGCGCGUCUGCUACAUCUACUUGCGCGGUCUUAGCGUUAUCAGCCAUAGUCCUGUCCGCACAACAUCGGCCUGGUCACAGAAGCACCAACCGUAUUCGAAGCGCAAACAUGCGCGAAACUCCCUGAGAAUCAGCGAAGGCGCAACGAAACGGGCCAGGUACUGGCUUGGAGACGACGCUGAGGUCGAAGAUGCUGCUGAUGACGAUGACGAAGUCAUUCACGACCCCGGAGACGACGAAGUCGAUGCCGACGAAUAUCCGGACAUUCGAGAGGCUUCUGUCAGCUCGUACCUGACCGAUGACGACGACUAUGAUAUGGAGCUGAGGGUUCAUCGGGAGAAGAGCGCCGUCAGGGGUGUGAGUGAGCAUAUCGCUGACUCGAUGGAAGUUUGA